AUGUCAAACCUAUGCUGCCGAUAUUUGGAGUCAGAUUCGCAGUCUGGAACUCGCGCUUUCCAGCGUUUUGCUUGUGGAGUUGGUCACAUGAUAAAUGACAUAGUGCGUCAGUUACUCAUCUCAUUUCGUUUGGUUGUCUUUAUACAAGUGUUUGGCCUUUCUGCGGCUAAUGCAGGCUGGUUGGUAUUGUAUAAUCUUAUCGGCGUCGCUGCAGCUUCAGUAAUCAACGCGUUCUUGAUUGACAACGUCAAAAUUCCAUUUUUGUCCCCGAAGCUUGGAAGAAGGAAGUCUUGGCAUUUAAUUGGUACCGUGAUUUCAACAUUGGUUGUCCCAUUGUACUUUAGUCCUUGUUUCCUUUGCAAAAGUGAUCGUGGACAAUUGCAAAUGAUGAUAUACUUAGCAGCCCUUACUACACUCUUGUCAUUUUCGUUCAGCUUGGUUGAAAUUGGUCAUCUUUCGAUCAUUCCGGCAAUCGCCAAAGAUCAUAGUGAAGCGGCGGAAUUAAACGCAUGGAGGUAUUUUAAUUUUAGUUUCGAAAAUCAGGGGAAGUGAAGCUUAUUAUAUUAGCAUUUUAAAUCUGAACACUUGUCUCAUGAACAACAUUACCUGAAAUAUUGCGCGCAGUGGAUUUUCAUUGUACGUAAUGUAUAGCGCGCAGACUUGAAGUAUCCUGCGUCGCAGGAGAAACUAGGUCUCCCUGUGCAUUGCCAAGGUUGCCAACCAAAAUUAACGAUGUUGCAUUAUGGUGUCAUAUUCUUUAAAUGAACUUAACCAACAAUGAGUAAAACUGUAAGAAAAGGAAAGGAAAAAAAAAGAAAAACUGUAAGAAUCUGGUAGCUGUAAGGAAAAAUUAAAAAAAAUUAAAGGACGUCGUAGCGCAAAUGUCCUUAACUAAUGAUUUUUUUUUUUGCAAUUUUUAUUUCAUGUUUUUAUUUUUAUUUUUGUUUUUGUUUUUGUUUUUGUUUUUUUCUCUCAAAGGACAUUUUUUUCCUUCUUGAGCGGCAUUAUCACCUUUAUUGUUGCCUGGCUAAUAUUUGGACAAGACAGCAAUGACCAUCUCUCGGCGGAGAGCUCUAUGGAUUUUACGGUAAUUAAGAAAGAGUAUAAAGAUUUAACACUGCCGUUACAGGUAAGGCCGAAAUAACACCGUUUCUGUUAGUCUACAGGUUAUGACUAUAAUUUUGACGGGAAUAGGUCUGCUGUUUGCUGUGAUAUUCCACGGUGCAACAAAGGAGCCUUUCGAAGAAAGUGAUGAACACUUUUCGAAAAAGAAGCAGGUAAGCCAGCUUUAAAAGCUAAGAAAAAGUCAGUUCAUUUCAGUAAUACGUCUCUGACUAGAGAAAAGUGCAGUUGCAUUAUCGAAUCUCGGACACCCAGUGCAUUAGGUUUGCAAACGUAACUUUAUUGAGCUUAAGACGGAAUCCAUCCGGAGAUUGAAUAAUUUUAAUUUUCAGAGGACAAACACCUUGUAUCAGAAUAAUUCAAACAUCAUCGCAUCCUUUUCUACAUUUUUCAAGUGCUAUAGAUGUAAUUAGUUAUGUGUAAUAACAACAAAGAAAAUUUCUUUUGGAGCCCAAAAAAAUAAAUGUCAAAUUUCACAAGAAUUGUGAAAAAAAUGUAAAGUUCUGAAAAUUUCGUGUGCAAGUUGUCGUUUGCGAAGUUUGACAUUUAUUUUCUCGGGCUCCCAUAAGAAAUUUUCUUUGGUGUUAUUACAGAUAACUAAUUACAUAUCCCUUGAAAAAUGUAAAAAAGAAUGCAAUAUUCUUUACCAAUUAUUCUGCUACAAGGUUUUUGUCAACUGAAAAUUAAAAUUACUCAGUUUCCUGGUGGAUUCCGUCUUAAACUGGAGAACGGUCAAUUUGGUGCAUGUGGAGACCAUACUACUGACUGAUAUAAGGCCAUACAAAACUGGAGGGCGUGGCUCUAAUCAGAUAGAACAGUGUUAGCCUGCCAGUUGACUGAUGGAAGAAUCAUGUAAAGGCAAAAACUUAAGUCACAUCAAAUCAUUAAAUCCAUUCAUCUUGAGAGAGAAAGCUGAAUUUGCAUCUCAAUACAUUGAAGGGAAACAUGGGAAGAAAAUUAAUUUGACGUUUAUUGUUUUUUUACUCUCCAAAACAGAACAAGACAUCUUUCAUUCCACCGCAUGCUCUUGUAACGGCGAUGACGUUUCAAGGAACAGGUACGCCUUAUAAUCGAACAAAUGAAGCUUCAAGUUAAUCAUUUUUAAACUUCAACACCAUCUGACAUUUAAAUCCUGAAGAGCAAACUACUAGCGCAAGGAAGGAUGUCAUAGCAGAAACCAGUUUGAUAAUUAUAGCUUGUAGGACAAGAUGUUUCAAAGUGUUGUACGAUAUCAGGAGCUGAUUACUCCUGAUGAUAUUUCGACUUUAAUACAAGUCACAUCCAUCUUAGGGGCCCACCAUUUAGGCUUAUAAUCCUUAUAAUGGAUCCAAAAAUCAAAUGGUCUGCCCCCUCAAGCUUCUUUUCCUAGUAACCUCUGUACUCUUUAAUUUAGGGUCAGUAAAUUACAUGUGAUAAGCUGAGUGAACAUUGUCGAGAGGCCUGGUCUGGCUUGUACAUAUUUAGGACUUGCAUGUUGUUGGCAUUUUUUAAAAUAUAUAAACAGCUCGAUCGAUGCCUACUUUGAAAACUUGGUGCCUGCCAAAUUUAACCUCCUUAAACCGUUACCUUAUUUAAUUUUCCUUAGAAUUGUGUCCUCAAGAGCAAAGAAUGCAUGACGCGUUCAUGGAUAGUCUGAAUGCAAAGGGCAAGGAAGAAACAAAGAUAGAAGAGAUAGGACAGGCGAGAAAGCAAAUUUUUCUAAGGCGAUUUGUGGAAGCCCUGUUCUCUUUUAAUGGAAACGAUGACAACAUACCUCGAAAAGAACUAACUUUUGACAACAUCAGCGCGAAGGAAUCAGCGUCCAAGGGUGAGGAGGAAAUGUUAAGAGAGGUCAGAAGGUUGCCCAAUGAACGAAAAAUUAGUGUUCUUAACAGUAUUUUGUGGGGAGUGAUAGGAGUGGACCCUGCGGAAACAGCUGUUGAAAAUAAAGAUGAAGAGUCUAGGAUCUCUAACGAUGUUAACAGCUCUCAAGGAACCAACUACACAGCAUCAGAGAACAAAUUGGGUGUUGCUGAAGUUUCAAAUAAAGGACACAGCAUUCAGCUAGAGCCAUGCAGAAUAGAAACAACAGAACAAAAAAUACAGACUAUCUGUUCAACUUCCUCUAGGCACCACACGUGUGACCUGGAAUCUGCUCCACAAGUCACACCAAAACCUGAGACAACACGAGCCUGGCUUAAAGAUCCACAUCUUUAUAAGGUAAUUUAGGGCUCAAAGAUUUUACCCCAGUUGCUUCAUUAUAGACGUGAACUACUUCUUUUCUUAUUAUCAAUUUUCUUUUUCUGUUUUCAUAGGUGGCCAUCAUCUUCACCUGCACAAUGAAUGUAAUGAGCCUUUCAUAUAGCUAUCUGCCACUGUUUCUCAUUUACAGAGUUCAGUUUCAAAAGGUAACGCAUAGGUACACAAAGAGCUGUUUAGUCGCAUUUAGUGCUUGGAGCAAAGCCUAUGAGAAUCUAAUAUCGAAUAAUUGCCGUAAAACGGCUGUUAUGAAAAAAUAUGAAUUGAAAACUAAAGUAUCACCCCUAAGGAUUCUACUGAACAAAAUUGAGGGCGUUCUAGCGCUAGAAGACCUAAAACCACGUUUUUAAAUUUUCUAUACAUUUGUCUGUAAGAAAGUCCCGGGAAAAAUUACAGACAAAUAUAUGGAAAAUCUAAAGCAAGCGUCCGAAGAACUUAAGCACAGGUACGCCCCCCAAAUUUUUAAGUACAAUCCUUUGCUUUGUAGCUUUAGUUUACAAUUUAUCCUUUUUUUCAGAACAGCCGUUUUAAGGAAAUCAUUCGACAUUCUCAGGCCACUUAAGGCAUGACUACCUAGUAAUUAAAUAUGCAUUUUGGUAAAUGCUAUUUAUUUCAGUGCUCCUGAAAAGUGAACUACAAAUCAGGCUGAACGAAAAAAACACAUGAAACGUGAUUUCAAAUAACACUUGACAUCGCUUCGUCAAUGACGUCACAAAACACGUUUUCCUAAACGGGGGAGGGUUGAAAACCUUAAUCUUAGGAAUUUUCACUACCAAAAUAUUACAUAAACAGUGUAAAUCGUAAAUUCGCCUUGUAUGAUUGGAAAUAUUAUUUAUCCUGUUAGCUAUUUAACUAAUUAAUAAGUCACAUGACCCUUUUCCCUUUAUUUACCGAUUCCUAUAUAACACAAACACACAUACAAGGCGAAUUUAUAAGAACCUUUUUAAUAGCCUCGGAAAUGUACCUAAAAGAACUUGUUGCUCUUUCAUUAUCCUUUCCCCAUUUUAGAGUAAAUAUUUUGGCCGUUAAUUCUCAAUUAUCAUUUACGUGACGUAGAUUUGAGCUUCUAAAAUGCACUCAUAUUGCUAAGGCCAUUACGCUACAUUUGUAGUUCAAUUUUCAGGAUCAUUGAUAGAAGCAAACCGUUCUAAAUAGCAUUUUAUCAAAAUAUGCAUAUUUAAUUAGAUAGUCAUGCCUUAAGUGGCCUGAGAUUAGAUUCUCAUACAAACACUGUUAGUAAUUUCUCACGUUUGCCUACUCGUCAAGAUGGCGUGGAAAACCGUGACAAGGUCUAUUUAUAUGCCUCGUUACUUACUAACGAGCCUCAAUUGGAGAAUGAUUUUUAAAUAAUAAUUGUACAAUAUUGAAUAAUUUGUUUUUCCUUGCGCAGGAAGCCAUUGCUUAUUUUCCACUUAUAAUGUUAAUAAGUGCAGCUGUAUCCUCGGGAAUUUCAAAGAAGCUUGAAGGAGUAGCAGGAUCCAAGGUACUAAUCAUUAAGAAUAUGUAACGUAUGUAAACCAGGUUUCGUUUACCCCCAUUAUAACCUCCAUUGCAUUUAAAUAAAAAAUAUAUAGUGAUUUCGAUUUUGAUUAAACGGCAACAGGGCUAUUAACCCUCAUUUAGUGGUCAUUAAUGGAGUUUCAGAUAUGUGGGAGAGUUGGGGUACAGCUCUAAACUUAACUAUCGAAAGGCGUGAGUACGUGUACAUAGCUGGGAUCCGGAGUUUCUAAACAGCAUCGAGUUCAACUCUCUCAUCACGAUUUCCCGUUGAUAACAAACUCUUUUAGUCCCCUACCAGUCUACGUUUUUCAUUAACCUGGCUUAUUUCUUUUGCCGUUUUUAUGGCAGGAUGAUAAGCAUGAUUUAUUUUAAAUCGACAAUCGCAUUUUCUUAAUCAGCGUUGCUUCACCUUGGCUGCCUUUUUGGUGAUGGGAGCGGACGUGUGGUUUUAUUUCAUCACCAAGUCCAACAGAGUAAUGACCUAUCCGGCCACUGCGUUACUGGGUUUUGGAUUCUCCGCCAUGCUCGUGAAUGCGCUUAGCUUCGCAGCAGAGCUAAUAGGAGAAAACAAAGUAAGCUCAAUAAAAUGUGAUGAUUGAUAUACAGAGUGCUCUUAAUAGUAUAGUACGGGUGAAAUUAAUCAUCUUGUGGUGGAAUCUCAUCAACGGCUUUGAAUAUUUUGGUUUUUGAUUGGUUGAUUAGGCCAUCUAUCUCUUUUUUAUCUUUUUUUUUUUUUAUCAUUCAGCGUCGAAUGCGUUUCCUGAUAUUGGGUCGGUCGGAUUGAAAAAAAAAAAGCUAAAAAAAUCACAAGAAGACUCGGAAUAGGCGGCCCUCAGGUACCCCAGGAUGACGUUAAAAGUUAACAUUUACAUAUUUCGAUUAACAAAAUGCACAAUAUACUGUAAAAAAUGUUCCUUUUUUGUUCCUGGUUUUCUAUAUGCUCUUACAAUGCUCAUUUUUCAGAUUAAAAGAAUUAUUUUAAGCGAAAAAUGGUUUAACGACGUCGUUACCUUUUUUUUCUUUUUAAAAAAUUUGGGUGGGUCUGACGACGCUAAAAGGAGAUAAAAAAGAGGAUGGCCUAUAAAAAAACAAAAAAACUAUUCAUACUAGGUUGAUUCACGCUGUCGUAGAAGGGAGCGCUAACUAGUUUGUGACGUAGAAUCACUGAGCCCUAACUUGAUUAUGCAAGUUGUAUUUCUUGCCUCUUACAUUGUCCAUUCCAACGACCAUUUUUUUUUCUGUUCCAGUUCUCUGAUUCUUUUUGCGGCAUUAAUCAUGAUUAUUUAUUAGUUGUUCUUUUUCCUCCCCCCUCCUCCCCCUGUUCAUUUCCUUUCGGUUUUCCCUAUUACCUGCUACGCAAAUAGUAAGCUUAUACAGAAGAUCGAGACAAGUCAAAGCCCCAGGCAACAAGGCCCAUUAAUCAGGAAAAAAAGCCAAAAGCAGAUCAAAAAUUGAAAACGUCAUGCGGGCCGCGAACCGUUCCAAUUCAUUUCGUCUAACACCUAACGUUGUUUACAUGAGAAAAAGAUGUGGGAGGGGAUCAAGAGGAUAAGAAGGACUCAGGGGGGAGCUGGGAAAACAAUAGAAAGCUUCAGCAGUUUUCUUAGGCAAUGUGAAACCAUUAGGUACUGUGGAAUGGAUACUUUCGUACAGAAUUGCCGUGAUUUAGUUUUGUUCGGGCCUUAACCCGAGGUGUGAGAUCGUCACGAGACUAAACUUGUAAUGAAAUGAAAGCAAAAAAUAAAGCAUCGGUAAAGAUGAGCGCUAUUCUGUUACUAAAAAGGCAUAAUGUCUUACUGAGAUUUUUUUGCUGAUGCACAGGUAAAUUCCUUUCAUUUUAGAGCACUUGUGGCGUUGUAUAUGCUUGUAUGAGUUUGAUGUCCUAUCUAACGAACGGCACAUUGAUGACUGCGAUACAGAAUUUGUUUCCUGAAGGAAGGUAAUUGUUUGUUUAGCUUAAACAACAGUGGUUUCAAGAAAUCAGCUAGCUCUUUACGUGUAGUUUUAGUCCCGGAGGUUGAAAAUCAUAUGAGAGACACACAGCAAGUCCGACACUGACCAGCACAGGCCGACCCAAUGUUGGUAUUCGAAUGUGUCAUUUGCUUUCCAGCGCUCCGUCGUGAGGUUCCUAGCCAACAGCUCCCAAAUGUGGGAACACAAAGACAAAUUUUAAUUGUAAUCAGCUCCCAAAUGUGUUGAGUGGAGCUGGCACUAAAAUAAGUGUCUUCGCGUAAAGCACAGGGCACCUGAUCACGGCCUUUUGAGGUCGAACAGAUGAUAAACUACAGCUGCUGAUAAACAGCUGCUGGUGAGGAAGAGACAGAUGUCCUUGGAUGUCACCUCGUGAAUGAUAUGGCUGUUUUCACGCGUAAAGGCUGGCUUUCACUAACGACAGAGUCGGAAUCGGAACCGUAAGAGCGCUUAUGACCUUGUGAAACUCAAAAAUCGUAAUCGUAAGCGGAGUUAUAAGCUCGACGGAAUCGGAAUCGGAAGAAUCAGAACGUUUCCAUUUUCUUGCUACUCCGCUUAUUACCCCGUUGCUUCGUUCCGCUUAAGAUCUAGUGAAAACCAAAUUGUCGGAGUCGGAAGCAGAAACGGAAGGAUAAGCCAAUCAUAAUGCUCGUUAAAGCGCUUUGUGAUCGGUUUAGUUCUUCUGCUUCUGCUUGCGACCCCGACGACCCAGUUUUCACUUGAUCGUAAACGACGGAGUCGUAAGCGUAAUGACAAGGCUGUUUCACUAGAUCGCAUAGUUCUUCACGCUUCUGUUUACGACUCCGUCGCUGGCGAAAACCAGCCUUAAGGAACUGGUAAAGCAGUGGGUUGGUAUACGGGUGCUCUGCUUAAGCUAAGAUUUCUCAAAACAGCAAAUGUGAAUUGUGCCAAGGCCUUGGUUUUGGAAAAUAUAUUCUAUAAAUGUAUUUUGCCAAAAGAAUUGGUUUGAUUUCCAGGAUUGAGACGUAGUAAUUUUCAUUCCCUUUGCAGUAACAAUGAAGACUGUGAAGAGUGUGGAGAUUACGUUCGUCGCGUGUUUUCAUUCGUGCCAGGCUCUCUCGCUGCUCUCAGCUUGCUGAUUGUUCUGCUGUUUCCUGCUUCAAAAAAGAUUUUCAAGACAAAAGGUGACAGAGGUUCAUUUUAUUUAACAGGCUAUUUUUGAGUUGCCUCAAGCCUCUGUUUCAAAGCGAAACUAGGUGCGAAGCCAUUGAUAUGAAAAUGAUAAUAUAUUCUCAUGCAAAUAAAACUCAUUUUUAAAACAAAGGUUUUACACUUAGCCUCGUUUUGAAAAGUGAGAGUUUUUGGAACUCAGAAUUGUCCUAUUUUGCCCGUUCGCUUGUAUAGGUUUUAUUAUUUGUCGCUGUAGAAGAGUGUUUAUCCUGAGUUCUUAUUAACAUGGCUCCAAUCAGUGGGAGAGAGGCAGCACAUGUUACCGAAUUCAACUCAAUUACAUUUGGAAGAGGGAGAAUUCUUACACCAGAAAGCUCCUGGUAAGAAUCGAACUCAUGAUCAGGACCCUCCGCGUUCUAGUUUGGAUAGGUACUUUUUCGAUGUAGAGUUACAGUACAAGCUACUGCAGUAUCUUUAUAUUAUACCCUUGGUAGCCUUUAAAAUAAUUGAAAUGACUCAACAAUUAGACAGCAAAGAGUUUCACUUUUGCUUUAAAAUCCUUGAAAAAAAAAACAUGAAAAACAGUGAAGACGAUAUGAGGGUGACCUGUAAAGCCGCUAGUUGUGUGGGCUCCAAUAAGAACAAAAAGACAACAAAAAGAGUUCAGAAAUUUUACUGAAAACAAGGACACUCUUCGCAGUCUUCUAGAUAAUGAGCUUAUAUUGUGAUCAUUGUCUUUAUUUUUUCAGAUUCCCAAACAGAUGCUAGAAUGAAUUGUAGCAAAGACAAUGACGCCUUUAGUAUGGAAUAAGAGUAAAUUAACAUUGUUAAAGUCCAGCGUUCUGAGAGACCUUCUGCAGAGCUCCAUUUCAACCCAUAUAAUCAGCCCUUUAAAAAAAUCAAUUCAAGUUUAAUGUGGAACUCAUUUGGAGUUCUGGGUACAAAUAAGCCCAUAAAAUUAGAAAAUAUACACUUUAGACCCUAAUUAAGGUUCCAAACUAGAGCAAGUUAAUUAUUUUUCUCAACGACAAGGCCUAAAAUUCAGUGUUUAAACACGGGACACCGUAUAUGAAAGAGGUGGGGAUGCUCGUCGUCUCGCUUAGGAGUGUAAAUUUCGUGCACGCGAAAAAAUAUGAAAAUAUAUUUGAUAUGUAUAUGUUUAAUCCUUUUGAUUUACUCCAUUCAUAUAAUCCAAGUUUUCUCAUUUGCAUGUGUUUUAACAUGGUCUCUUUUAAGGGUCAAAAAAGUUUGGGCCACGCCCAGAUCGGUCUCCUUUAGGGGUUUAAUUCAAAAUUUCCGACGAGCAUCCCCGACCCUUUAAUAUGCGGAGUCCCCCUCCGGAAAAUAGGUUUGCUAUGUUAAUUAGAGAACCACAAGACUGAGGCAAUUACAGAAAGCUCCGCGAUCGCUGAAGGAAAUCUGAUACUUCCGAUUGUAAACCUCGAUCAUGCAGAGGGUAAUUUUUUUUUUGCCUGGCAGGUUAUAAAAAUGGUCUCACCAAUUCAGUAUUCAUGCAGUCUUUUGGAAAGGCCGGUGUGAAGGCGUGUUAAGGGGAGAUUUUCCCGCUUGUUAUAAAGUUUAGAUAGCAUUUCUCAAGCAGCGCCGUGCCGCCUCUCUGAGUGCAUGUGUUCAACUGACUGUUAGUUAGACUCAAUGGUUGUCUUUACACUAGGCUGUUACGUAAGAAUUAAGGGCUGCUAAGUUUUCCUUAGGGUGAUUCCUUAAAAAAAGAACCUAACAUAGAUUGUAGAUGAAACUUAGUGCACUGAUGUAACAAGUCAAGAAGAUGAUAAAAAAGUAAUAAAAAUUGGGGGUCACCGUGCUCGUUUUGACGUCACAAUGCUGACCAAUACGGCUAUUUAGGACCCUUUUACAAAAACCGCAGGCAGCACAAAACUAGACAGAAAGGAGAGUUUUUUUUUUCGAUGGUGCAUGUGGUAUCACACAGAAUUUGACUUUAAUGUAUUGUUUAUCCACUUACGUACCAGAAAAAUGCCUUUUAAUGCCCUUGUUUUUACUUUACGCUCCAAAGUAGAAUUAAAUUGGACACGCGCUAUUCGACCCGUCAUAACCCAAUCCGUACAAUUUAGUAAAAUUGCCAAACAACUGAACAUAGAUUUGUGCCAAUUUUUGUCUCAUCGAAAGGAGGCACUGUCCUUAUUAAAAUCAUGAUAUAAAAAAUGGGGUUACGGCACUCGCUUUUGCGGUAGAGCUACAGAAAGUGCGCACCAAAUGCAUUUCCUCCUAUUUUUGAGAGAGGAUUGGAGCGAGUGUCAAAAAUAGAAUGUAUGUGAAAGGGGGAAGAAAGUAUUAAUCCGUUUUUACAGAAUUUACAUCGAGAUAUCACAUUUAGGACUUAAUGUGAUAAAGAAAGCGUUUAAAUGAAAAUCAAAGUGAGUAAGCACAAGUUAAACAUCUACUAUCGAGGUUCUCCGAGAGGAAGUCGGACUCAGCAACACGCGUGCUGCUUACGUUAUGCACAUUCCCAACACAUCGAGUCUCACCUCGGCAAGAAACAACAGCGAGCAAAAAUUCCAAUAGCGUUUCUCUUCAGUCAACUUCAUUUUCAUAUUGUUACUUCACAUGCUCUUUUUUACGGCGGCCAUCUUGUUAUGCGCAGUAAGAGAUGCGCAGUGAAAGACCAGGGAAUCACCUUAACCAAAAAUGCGUGUGUGAAGGCCUAAGUAAAAUCUCAAGUAACUUUACUUUGCAUCUCAUUAAAGUCAGAGAGUUGAAACGAUUCAAGAAAGUUUCAAGCGACUUGAAAACCAUCCUUAAUCAAUCUUAAUUAUGUUGCGUGGGAGAGUAGUCUUAAGUUAACCUGAAGUAAAAAAGAAUCGGUUGUGUGUGAAGCUUUAUUUUACUUGAAGUAAUUAAAAUUUACUUGUCUUGAAAUAUUUCUUAGCUUAUUUAGGCUCUACUAAAGACUACCAAUGUAGUCUUCCAUCUCCCUCUAAUGUAAAUAGUUUCCAAAUUUUGGUUCUCUUUCCUUGAAAUGAUAGAAAUUUGCCGAUUUAUGACCAGUUAGGCAGAGUUUUUAAGUUCUUCGAUCACUGGAAUAACAUAGAAUUGACAAAAACUUAAUGACGUUACAAAUUUCUCGUCGUAUAGUUACUGCCAAUUUAUCUAUUCUUCUCUCAAUGUACAUACUGCCUGGCAAAUAAAAAAUGAACUGUAUUUUCCUCUGGACACUUCCGUAACUCACUUGAUAUUGUAUAACAGUAAUGGAAAUUAGAUUUCCUCUCUUAGGCAAGACUAUAUAGCUAGCAUAACAGGCGCUAUUUUUUAGCGUUUUUUCAGGCAAGGGCAGAUUAUCGCAAGGUGUGCUUGGGAUGGCGUGGGCGAGCGUGCGGGGGUCAGAGCGCCAGACAGGCGCGACAGUGGAAGGCGCAGAUAAAAAAAAAUAACAUAAAUUAAAUAAUAUUAAGAAUGAAUAUUUAAGAUUUUGAUAAUAAUAAACGCCUGAAAACGCCUGUUUUGUAGGCUAGCAAGACUAAUACCAAUUUGUAUCACCAGUGUUACAAAAAUGUAUGCUACUUACAUCAAACGACCAGACCGUACCAUAAACUUACUAGACAAUAUCGGUUUUAUUUUUAAGUUAACAAUCUCUACAGAUGAAUAUAUAUAGGAUUGUGUGGAAUCACCUGCAGACUUACUGGCUUCUAGUUUUUUAUAUUUCUACCAGCCCAUUUAUUUCUAAGCUUGUAAAUGAAAAGGUCUGAGCCACCCCAACAAAACACUGUGUGAAAAAUAUAGCCCAUCAAUUGAUACGAAAUUUACCGACUUAAAAUUGAAGAAUACAAGAGCCGGAUAUAUCCCGUGAUCGAGGAUUUCAGAAACGUGACUUCGUUGCAUGCAUAAUAUGUGGAGCAUUAAAAAAUUGACACGCACGAACUGAGCAUUUUGAAAGUCUUCCUAAUUAUUGCAGUGCUUUAGAGUAUGACUGUGCUGACUGAUCCAUUUUCCAGUAUUAGAACCAGACAGGAAGUUCAUCGAUACAGUGGGAGUAACUGGGAUCACGUACACUUCCUCCAUUCCGAUGUGUAGUGAAGUGACGCCUUUAUUUAUAGAGACCGGUACGAACACUUGACAGUUAUGGUCUAAACUGAUAAAAUUGUGGCCCAAAGGAAGCUGGAGGAAAAAAAAAACGCCCUUCCUUUGUGGAAACAUCUUCUUUGGCAUUCAUUAUAGAUCGAAUUAAACUAUUCUCCCGCUCCACUUUGAAAAGAAAAUAAUGUAAUUUGACAGAAAAAUCACAAAUAAGAUACAGAAGACAUGAUAUACUAGGCAAAUGGAGUUGAAUGUUGAUGACCACGCUGUAGGAUUACGUCAAUGCAAAGUGCUUCUUUAUGGUCAAAGGUACUCAAGCAUUUAUGAUUAUUCGAUCAUACGUUUCAUGAUAAUGUACUUCGAUUACUUCGAUGUGUGGUCCGGGGCUUAGCGCCCUUAUGACUUCUGUUUUUUCUUCACAUUUUAGUGAUAAUUUUAAACACCACUCAUUGCAUUUUCUUCAAGCGAACAUCUUACCGAGAACCCAUUACGUUGCACAAAGCAGAUGCCCUUAAAAUUCUAACUGCAUCAAUUCAUCCAUGACUUCUUGCGUUAUCAAUAAGAAUAAAAGUAUACACCCCUGACCUUGAGCUUAUGUAAAUCUUUUUUCUAAAAGGUGGGUUUAAAAACAUCCCGUCCAGUCAAUGAUGAUGUAAAUUUUGUUAGCCGACGAAGAUUGUAUAUAACUAUUUUGGAUUUCCUGUAACGCUUACAAAUAGCUUUGUUAGCUUUGUGAAUCAGUUUAACUUUCAGAAACGGAAAAACGUUUCAUUUAUUUACCUUGCUGGGUUCUCUUGAAAGGUGAGUACCCAUAUUUUAGUGGAUAUUUUUCCUUUUAUUUUUAUUACCUAAUAACCCACUUCAACUGUUAUAACUAAAAUGAGUAAUUUUUAAAAGCAGUGAUUUGAAUUAUUUUUGGCCUUCGCCUCGGUUUUGAUAUCUCAACUCCAUAUGUUCUGCUACGGUCUUUCCAAGCUUUUCGGGAUCUUCACUACAGUUUCCAAUUGGCUAUGUGAUUCACAAGCAUGUUUGUCCGUUAAUCACUGACAUUUGAUACGGGAUUCGGAAUCAAAGUCGUCGACAUUAAGAUCCAACGACGCGACCUCUACGAGAACGUCGCUUAAAAAGUGAAUUUGCGUUCUUUCAGUCUUUAUCGCAAUUGUUCCUACCCACUGACUUUGUCAAAUCCAGGCGAACCCUCCUGGAGUUGAAUUCCUAGGGACCAUAUUCAAGUUAAGAAAGAGAAAUCAAUUUCGUCGUUGCCUGUUUACGAAGUCCAUAAAGGUGGUGUUACGCGAGACGAUUCGCAACGACGAUUUUCGCGACAACACAUAAGUCAACGUUGCAAUGUUGGAAAAAUGUGGUAGCUAUUCGAAACAACGUGGCAACAAUGUUGCAAUGCUGUGUUGCGCUAAAAUCGUCGUUGCGAAUCGUCUCGUGUAACAUCACCCUAAAAAGCGAAAAAAGGCAUUUUCACGUCGUAGUCAUGCAAAAACGGGCAAAGAAAUGUACAAACAAGGUUAGCGUGUAAUGCACGUGCAAAGUUGUUGUUUUGCUUAAAAAACCUGUUUUUUUUUUUUGAAGGUCUCGUUGUCGUCCGCUUCGUUGGGUCUUAAAGUCCUUAAUAUCUUUCUACAUCAAGAAACUCCUUCUUCAGUGAUACUUUUAAUUCUUGUCUUUCAUUUUAAUAAUUCUCUUACCCCAAUUUCUGGAAGUAAAUGCAACGUAAGGCAAUUUUAGUAGCAAAAUAAAGUGCCUAAUGAUGUAGGAGUUUGACUCAAGUCAGUUGACCAAAAGAUUAGGUUAGACUAAAUUAAAAAGUAGUUUCCAGAACAUCCCUCGUUGAAGUUGAACCUAUACAGGCUGACUGUGUUUAUUCAAUUUGAACUUGAUAAUGGCCUGGAAUUAGACUGAUUCAGAAACUAUUUCUAUUAGAUAAACGACUCUAGUCAUAUAAAUAAAUAGGUGUGGCUUUAUAAAAACGCAGGCUUUAAUACACGAUUCUCGCGUUUUUAUUCUAACCGACAAUAACUAUAAAAAGAUUAACGAAAUAUUUCACAAGGUCAAGUCCUAGGUGCGACCAUUUAGGUUAUGCAUAACCGGCAUAAAGACUGACAACCUAUAAAUAAGAAUUUAUUUGAUUUGACUGUUCUUCGACUCGACCUUAAAACGUUAAAAAUAUCAGUGGAGUUCAGUUGGGUUGUUUGUAAAACUAAACCUCAAGUUAAAAAAAUGCAUGUUUAUCUUUUGUCAGCAAAUUACAAGCAUGGGAAUAUCUAAACUUUGCUGCCAUUAUUCGGAGUCAGGUUUGAACUCUCGAACGCCAUUCUUCCAACGCUUUGCCUGUGGAGUUGGUCACGUGAUGAAUGACAUCACUCGUCAGCUUCUGUUUUCAUUUCGUUUGGUUAUAUUUAUGCAAGUGUUUGGUCUCUCUGCUGCCAAUGCCGGCUGGUUGAUGCUUUACGGACUUUUCAUUGUUGCAGUAUCUUCAGCAAUCUGCGCGUUCCUGAUUGACAACGUCAAAAUUCCAUAUUUGUCCAAGAGGCUUGGAAGAAGGAAGGCAUGGCAUUUGAUAGGCAUUGUGGUGGGUGCAAUUGUCACUCCAUUCUACUUCAGCUCCUGUUUCCUUUGUCAGAGCGAUCAAGGGCAAUGGCAACUGAUGAUAUAUAUCGCAGGUCUUAAUACAAUCUUGUCAUUUUCAUUCGGCAUGAUUGAAAUUAGCCAUCUUUCGAUUAUCCCUGCCAUCGCUAAAGAUCAAAGCGAAGCUGUUGAAUUGAACGCAUGGAGGUAUGGCAUUUUUUUUUUUUAUUUAUCCUCUCAGUAACAUUAAAUUGAAAUUUCUUUUGUAUUAAGGUGGUUUUAAGUUAAGUUGUUCGUCGAUGUUUCAAGUGAACUGAGGAGACACUGGGACUGCGACCAAUGUAAUUGGCUCACCGUUGUUGUGGCACCCCUGCCUAUUAAGCAUUUAAUUAUUACUCACUGUUCAGUAACAGGCGAAGGUAAUAAAAUAAAAUAAAUAAACAUAUAAGUCUGAAAUUUUCUUAUCACAGUUUAUUCGUUUUCUUAAAGGACUGCUUUUUCCUUCUUGAGUGGCAUUGUGACCUUCAUCGUGGCAUGGUUGAUAAUAGGACAAGAUAGCAGCGACCAUAUAUCGGCAGAGAACUCGAUGGACUUUACGGUAUAAAUACUUGGAAUAUUACUUAAACAAUAUAAAUAUAUAUUGCGCGCACGAAAGCACGUUCUUUUAGCUUCUUUUCUCCUUAACAUUUCAGGUUUUGACUUUAAUUCUGGUUGGAAUAAGUCUACUAUUUGCUGUAAUCUUUCACGUUGGAACAAAAGAACCUUCUGAAGAAAGUGUUGGAGAAAUAUCCAAAAACGAACCGGUAAGAUUUGGUAAAUGUUUACCUAAUAACCCACCCUUAAUAUAAAUAUCCGGAACCAGUAAAUAUUAAAUAUUAAUUGUAACUCAGUAACAGCUUUUCCGCGUAACUUAAAUCGGUACGGUUCGGAAGGUGCAUUAUAGAGAACGCAGAGAGUUCCAAACUGUCUUUGGCACUAGGACAAAGCUCGCUUUAGACCAUACGGAGAAGACAAACUAUGAAUUGAAUAAAUGACGUUAUAAUUGUUUAAUAAGAAUAUGAAACUAAGCUAGGAGGGUUAAAUCUAAACUUGCCUUUGGUGCGAUUAUUUUUAAUCUGAAGCUGUUUUCUCCUUUUCUCCUUUUAGAGAAAGUUAUCUUUUAUUUCAUCACACACCGUGGUUAGCGAGAUGAUGUUUCAAGGAAAAGGUAUGAUUAAUUAAUUCAACCCAAAUUUAUCAAGUGUAGCUUCACCAAUUUGGUUUGGACACUCCAAUCACGUUUGGCAUGAUGUAGGGAGUCGUAUCUCCAAACACGGCCAGACGUACCAAUUCGAAAGAAGGAUACUCACAAGCGGUUUAGUAAGGAAAUGUUUCUUGCAAAUGCCUAUUGAUAUGGCACAGCCCAGUUUUUUUUCUUGGAAUAAAUUUCCAGGUUACGCGGCUGUUUGUUGCCUGUUGUCGGUUGCCAACAAUAUACGUUCAACAAAAACAGCGUUUUCAGAUGACGUCACGUCCGCCAUAUUUAUCGUUACAAAACUAUAAAAUGUCAGCCAUGUUGGUGUAUCAAACCAGUCCUUUGACAGUUGAACCUUUUUCUUGCAUAAGAACUUUCUUUUGUUGCAAUAAAUUUGCAUAGUAACAGGUCAUGUGAGUGGAAACGCUUUAUACAGCUAUUUCGAGAAAGGCCGUCCAAAAAUUUGCGCACGCGACAAUCCCGGAAGAUAAUAUGGGAUAUGAUCAAUUCACUGUAGUUCCUAUACAGUAGCUGUCGAACUUAAUUUUUUUGCUUUCCACAAGCACUCGCAAACAUACGUCCAUGGCCUUUCGUGCCAUUCUCUCAAAUUUCGUUGAGGAAUUUGAGUGAACGCAAUGCCACCCACAUUACCUUUCGGGAUUGUCGCCUGCACUUUUUCCGACAUCCUUUCUCGAAAUAGCUGUAUAUUGCAGUAAUUGUAACUGCAGCAGCUUUAAGUUACAAGUUAAUUAAGUUUUUAACAAUUUCAUUUUUCUUCUGCCAAGAUGUGAAUCUUCAAAAGCGAACAAUGCGUGACGCUUUCAUCGAUGGUAUGAAGCCCAAGGCCGAAGGAAAUAAGACAGGCGACACUGAGAAACAACCUUCGAGAAAGCAGAGUUUUCCCAGGCGCUUUAUCCAAGCGCUGUUUUCUAAUGAAGAAAAUGACGAUAAUAUAGCUGGAGAACAAUUACCGGCUGACAUCAAGAGCUUGAAUGAAUCAGCUUCUAAACGCUCAGGCGAGAUAGACGGGUGUUCUUCUUUUAAACCAAAAGAUCAGGGCCAGGAAGAAAUGUUAAAAGGCGUCAAAAGUUUGCCUAAUGAACGAAAAAUAAGUGUUCUUGUGAGUAUAGUUUAUGGAUUGAUAGGAGUUGACCCCGCUACUGAUGAACAGAUGAACGAAGAGUCAAAGAUGGAUACAAACUCUGAGUCACCGGGGAACAUUGUUGGUAAAGUAUUCGGCAUUCAAGAGACAAACAUCGGAAAAGGAGCAACAGAUUUCAAAGCUAACUCUUCAGUUUCUAUCGAGCACCUUGGUGUUGACAAUAAAGGAUAUAAGAGUGAAACAGAAUUGGGUGUUCCUGCGUUACAAAACAACAAGACCAAAACAGUUCCCCGAGUU